AUGUUCCUCACUCUGAGGACAAGGGUUCCUCAAUCUGAGGACAAGGUUCCUCAUUCUGAGGACAAGGGUCCUCAAACUAAGGACAACUCUUUUCUCACUCUGAAAACAAGGUUCCUCACUCUGAGAACAAGGGUUCCACAAUCUGAGGACAAGGUUCCUCACACUGAGGAGAUGUUUCCUCACUCUGAGAACAAGGUUGCUCACUCUGAGGAAAAGGUUCCUCACUCUGAAGGCAAGGUUGCUCACACUGACGACAAGUUUCCUCCUGACAAGGCUCCUUUCUCUGAGGACAAGGUUCCUCACUCUGAGGAGAAGUUUCCUCACUCUGCGGACAAGGUUCCUCACACUGAGGACAAGGUUCCUCACUCUGAGGACAAUGUUGCUCACUCUGAGGACAAGGUUCUCACUGUGAGGACCAGGUUCCUCACUCUGAGGACAAGGUUCCUCACUCGGAGGACAAGGUUCCUCACUAUGAGGACAAGGUACCUCAAUCUGAGGAUCCUCACACUGAGGACAAGGUUCCUCACUCUGAAAGCAGGUUUCUCACUCUGAGGACAAGGUUCAUCAAUGUGAGGACAAGGUUCCUCACUGUGAGGAGAAGGUGCUUGACACUGAGGACAAGAUUCCUCACACUGUGAACAAGGUUCCUCAUUAUGAGGACAAGGACAAGUUUCCUCGUUCUCAGGACAAGUUUCCUCACUCUGAGGACAAGGUUCCUCACACUGAGGACAAGCUUCCUCACUCUGGGGACAAUGUACCUCACUCUGAGGACAAGGUUCCUCACACUGAGGACAAGGUUCCUCACACUAAGGACAAGGUUCCUCAUCUGAAAACAUUCCUCACUCUGAUUCCUCAAUCUGAAGACAAGUUUUCUCACACGGAGGACAUGGUUCCUCACACUGAAAACAAGGUUCCUCACUCUGAGAACAAGCUUCCUCGCUCUGAGGUCAAGGUUCCUCACUCUGAGGGCAAGGUUCCUCAAACUGAGGACAAGGUUCCUCGCUCUGAGGACAAGGCUGCCCACUCUGAACACAAAGUUCCUCACACUAAAGACAAGGUUCCUGACUCUGAGAACAAGGUUCCUCACUGUGGGACAAGGUUCCUCACCCUGAGGACAAGGUUUCUCACUCUGAGGACAAGGUUCCUCAUUCUGAGGACAAGGUACUCACCCUGA